AGGGAUGCGGGGAGGAGGGAACGGAGGAGGAGGAGGCGGGAGAUGCUUUCCGCCUCCUCCUUGGCUGCUGAGCCUGGCUCCGGAGCAGCAGCAAAGCAGGAGGAGCGGCAUCAUCAGGCAGGGCCACCCCCGGAGGGCAGCAGCGGGCCACUCACUGCGGCAUCCCCGCCGCUGAGACGGAGAGAGAGAGAGAGCGGGAGAGGUAGCAGGAGUCCCUCGGCUCCCGCCCGACGUUGGGGGAGGUCCAGGUGCCGCCCCCUCUCUCGCUCCCUGCCUGCCUGCCUGCCUGCCUUCCUUCUUCUCCUGGGCCCCUCCGCCUCCUGCCUGCCCCAGAUGCCCUCUGCGGCGCGGGGAGCAGCAUGGGCGCCCUCAGCAGCAGGCAGAACGCCGGCGAGGAGGAGGUGGACAGCCUCCCCUCGCAUGCCAUCUACAGAUAUCCUCCUAAAUCCGGAAGCUACUUUGCCAGUCACUUCAUCAUGGGAGGUGAGAAGUUUGAUUCUACACAUCCUGAGGGUUACCUCUUUGGAGAGAACAGUGAUCUGAAUUUCCUUGGGAACAGACCUGUAGCGUUUCCCUAUGCUGCCCCACCGCCCCAGGAACCCGUGAAGACCCUGAGGAGCCUGAUUAACAUCCGUAAGGACACGCUGCGACUGGUCAAAUGCACAGAGGAAGUAAAGACUCCAGGAGAAGAAGUCAGCAAAGCUAAAGUCCAUUACAAUGUGGAGUUCACUUUCGACACAGAUGCACGGGUGGCUAUAACGAUUUAUUAUCAAGCAACUGAGGAAUUCCAAAAUGGAGUAGUGAGUUACAUUCCCAAAGACACCAGUUUACAAUCUGAGACUGUGCACUACAAGAGAGGGGUGUGCCAGCAGUUCUGCCUCCCUUCCCAUACUGUUGACCCCUCAGAAUGGACAGAAGAAGAGCUGGGCUUUGACCUGGACCGUGAAAUCUAUCCUAUGGUGGUCCUUGCAGUUGUAGAUGAGGGAGAUGAACAUAUGGGCCACUGCCAUGUACUUCUGGCGACGUUUGAGAAGCAUGCUGAUGGAAGUUUUUGUGUGAAACCCCUCAAACAGAAACAAGUGGUGGAUGGAGUGAGCUACCUGCUUCAGGAGAUCUAUGGUAUUGAAAACAAAUAUAACACACAGGAUUCCAAGGUGGCAGAGGACGAGGUGAGUGACAACAGUGCAGAGUGUGUGGUCUGCCUCUCAGACGUACGGGAUACCUUGAUCUUACCUUGCCGCCAUCUUUGCCUGUGCAACACUUGUGCUGAUACCCUGCGAUACCAAGCCAACAACUGCCCCAUCUGCAGGCUGCCAUUCAGAGCGUUGCUACAAAUCAGAGCCAUGAGGAAAAAACUUGGACCACUUUCCCCAACCAGCUUUAACCCCAUCAUCUCCUCCCAGACAUCAGACUCAGAAGAGCACUCGUCUUCAGAGAACAUCCCUCCUGGCUAUGAGGUGGUUUCCCUCCUGGAAGCUCUUAAUGGGCCUCUUGCUCCAUCUCCAGCAGCCCUGCCACUCCAUGUGCUUGGAGACAGCCAUGUAUCCAGCAUGCUGCCUUCCUAUGGGAGUGAUGGCCAUCUGCCACCCCUCAGGACUUUGUCUCCUCUUGAACGUUUGUCUGAUUGUGGCAGCCAAGGACUCAAGCUGAAGAAGAGCUUAUCUAAGUCAAUAUCCCAGAAUUCCUCAGUACUACAUGAAGAAGAAGAUGAGAAGGCCUGCAGUGAAUCUGAAAUCAGGAUUUCUAGGAAGAAAUCUCCUCAUCCUCAAGAAGAGGAAUGUGGUGUGACACCAGAGAGUGAAAACCUCACCUUAUCCUCUUCAGGAGCAGUAGACCAAUCUUCCUGUACAGGGACACCUCUUUCCUCUACCAUCUCUUCCCCAGAAGAUCCCGCUAGCAGCAGUCUGGCACAGUCAGUCAUGUCCAUGGCCUCCUCCCAAAGCCAGCACUCUGAGAUCAGCACUGACACCAUGUCUUCCAUGUCAGGCUCCUAUGUAGCUCCCGGCACUGAGGAGGAAGAGGAGGAGGAGGAAGAAGAGAGGGGAAACAUAGUCCCAUCCCCUGCUGCUGCCAGUGGGGCACCUUCAGAAGGAGAUUCAACCCCUGUUGAAUCUCCGGAUGCAAACUUCGUCAGUCUCUCAGCAGAGGAGCGAGAUGCAGAGGGGAAUGAUGUCAUGGAAGAAGAGGAUGACUCCCCAACCCAGGAAGAUGGCCAAAGGACAGGCGCAUACCUAGGUAUGGAGUGUGACAAUAACAAUGACAUUGGCAACGCAAGCGUGAAAGCACUGGACAAUAAGCUGUGCUCUGAGGCCUGCUUACCUGGUAUCCAGCCAUCAGCUGACAAUUCUCUAAAUCACAACCAGACACUGAGAUGCCACUUCCCUGCCUGCAGCAUCAACCUGGAAUAUGAAGAAGAUAUGCAAUGCAUGAUAGGACCUUUGUGUCCUAGAUAAUGUCACAGUGUUUGGAGAGAAAAAGCACGGCACUGAACACAUUUCCCUAAAACACUGAAGAAGCAAAGAACAGAAAACUGUGGGCAUUAAUCCUGUAAAAUAUUGGAGAUGGUCUAAUACACAUGUUCCCCCCAAAGGCCACACUUACACCCUGACCCAGCUUUUUUAAUAACCAGUUCAUAUUUUUCAUGUGAUGGUCAUUGUUAAACUGAAUUCACUGUAGGAAUGCCUGAAUGAGUUGAGAUGGAUUUGAUGACUAAAGCCUCCAUAAACAUCUGUUUAUGUUUCCCACUAUCACCUGGUCAUUUUGGCAUUCUCUUUCCUUGGGUGGUGAUCCCCACAACCCAUCUCCCGCUUUUAGCUAUGAAUUAAUGCUGGGUCACCUACUGCAGGUCUCAACAGGUGCAUGUUGAACGUGUGCCAGUAAUAUGUAAUGUAUGAAGAGGACAAAGUCACAUUUCCAAGGCUAUGCAUUAGCACGGUUCCUUUUCCCCAUCCACACAAAACAGAAAGAAGUCAGUUGCCAUCACUUUUUAUCUGCAUCCGAGUGAGGAGAUGAAUGUUUCUCUACACAUUUUAACCCCAUAAUUAAUUGUCUGUCCACUCUGCUGGAACAGAGGCUCCGGGUCACAAGUAAGGGACCCAUUUGGGCAAUGGAGUGCCUGCUCAGAAAGGUCCUACAAGACCUCGCCUGUUCUGAAUUGUAGGACACUAACAAUGUAGGACAGAGCAUCGCCCUGUCGAUGGGACAAAGGAUGUCUCUUUUGAAAAUAAGGAGCAUCUAGCAGCUCAGUCUUCGAGGACAGAAGAAAAACUAGCCAGCCAGCCCUCAGAAACUUAAAUGGGAUUCCUUGUGUGGAUAUUCAAAAUCUCAUACACACCUUGCUUCAGGGAGUUUGUUUUGCACCAAUCAGAUCCCAUCAGGAGUGAAAAUAAAGCUAGCCAUGCAUGAGGGACUGGCUGGGGAAGAAAAACGGUACCAAGUAGCAAAUUACAGCAGCAUGACUGAAUGCACUAUUGUUUGUAAAAAAAAAAUUAAGGCACACAGUCUUUUGAACUUUGUGCGUGAUAUUAUUUAAAUUGCAGUUUUUAUCUAUAAAAUCUCUUUAACGAACAUCAUUCAUUAUGUGUUUAUUUAAUUGUCCUGUUAGGUUGGCUUGUGAUUAGUAUAUGAUGGUCAUGUUGAAGUUCCCAAUAUUUUAGAGCAAGCAGUCCCAGUAGUAAAAUAAUGUCUUGGAUUAUGAGCCACUUGUUGUAAAUGUUCUUCAUGUUUAUGUUGUACUGUCCACCUCCUUCUCCUCUCAGGUUAGUUCCUGGCAAUUUAGUUCUCUUGGAACUUCAUGUUUGGGAAUAUCUGCACUAAAACCAGCUGAAGUUUUGCCAUUCUUGAACUACGAUCCCUGACAGAUUUCAGGAAACUUGAACAUAAAUGGUAUUUCCGCCGUUGCAUCCAUUGAGGCUGGCAUGGCAGGCCAAAUCUCUUUCUGAUCCAGUUGGGUUAGGUUGCCUUUUUAACAGCUAGGACUGACAUAUUCACCUAUCAGUUCUUUAGUUCUAUCCUGUUAUGAAAUAAACAUAAGCUUAUAAGAGUAUAGCCAAGCAAUAAUCUGUAGCCAUGCUUUUAAAGGAAAAUUCAAUUUGAAGGCUUCACUCAAAGAACUUGUUGUGGUGGUUUUGGAGAACUUCAUUUUAGCUUGCACCAUCAUUCCUAGCACCUAGAGGAGUAGUGGCUAUCCCACUGGUAAUCGGCUUCUGCAAGAUAAGACGUCUUUGAGCAUACAGAGUUCCCAAAUCUUUGUACAUGGUCUUUGAGUCCUCCAGAGAAUAGGGGAGGUCACACUUGGCCUUGCUGUGCAUAAACUGGCUCCCAUCUUCAAUGGCAAAGACAUCCUCUCAGGUCUCCUUUCUUUGUCUGGUCAAACAAGAACAGUUGUAUGCAUUGUGCCUCAAUACAUGGCCUUAGGACUAUCAUUUCUUCAGACUGCUCCAAUUUUCCUUGAAGUUGGGAAUGGGAGGAAGGAAGAAUGAUCAAGACUAUUGGAUAUGUACAAUUGACUGCAGAAUAUCAGUGCUUUAAAACUGAUCUGAAAGAAGCAUUACCUCCCUCAUAUAUUUUAUUUUAUCCACUCCCAGUUGAUCCUGCUUGCAAGAGGCAAAGAUAAACAUUUACAUUCUGCUGUGAAACAACAAGUGACUCUGGCUUUAUUUUAACUAACUGGUCAUCAUGGUAAACUGUGAAAAAGAAACUGAGACCGCAAACACAACCUUCAACAUGCCAACAAUAUCACUGAGGAGCAGUUGACAUGGAGUUGUUUGAAAUCGUGUUGUCCAUUGAGCUCUCAUAUUAUUCUGUGAGAAUGUUGAGCACCAGAAAAGUUUGCUGUACCAGAAGCUUUAUUCAUUUUUUUCCUGGUCCACGUCUCUGUGAGAGCACCUGUUCUAGGAUAAAGUGCAUUUUCUCAAGAUUACCUCAGCAUUUUUAGCGAGCGGCACUAUUUAUAGGUGUUCACACAUAACAUCUCUUGUAAGGGAGCUUGCAACCGAAAGAAGCUUUGACAAGAACAACAGGUUUGGCCCUAACAGAAUAUGUUGCCGUGUCUAUGUGUUUUACUCAGUUCUCAAAAAUUUUCUGAUGGAACUAAAUUUUGUUAUUGUGCCAGGGAUUUUUCAUAAUAUUGGGAUUGAAGAAAUAUUUCCACCAAGGCCAUGCAAAAUGUACAGCUCUACUUGUACCCUCCCCCCCCCUUCUGCAGCAAAGUUCCAAGCAUACCAGAGCUUUUGUUUUUAAAUAAAAAUAAAUUGCCAGAUGCCAAAUGGUGCACAUUGGUUUCAAGCAGGCUAGUGGAAGAGAGAAGGGAGGUGGCUUGGGACCCACUUGCAACUGCAGUCAGACUCUCGGCUGAUGGGCACAGGCCACAGCAUGGGGAUAUAGUGAACCCUAGACACUUGUAUACACCUCAGUGGCAACAAUGCAAUAUAUAUUUAUGACUGCAUGACUCUUAAAGAGUGAAUAAAGUUGUUUACAAGGGA